AUGACCGACCCCGACGCCGACUCGCCCGUGCUCUUUGCCGACCUGGACACCUUCGACCUCGAUGGCAGCCUUACUGGCAACUUGGUGAAUAGUGGCCUCGGCACUCCGGAUCCCAACAACAACACCACCGCCGCAACCGUUGCCUCCUCCCAACCAGGUGACACGCUUGCUGCCACGCCUGGGUCCGGCCCCAGUGGGACUCCUGUAUCAGUCUCGCCUUCCAUUACCAACACCCACGCCCAUCCACACGCCCACCCACACCACCUCCAAACCACCCAACCCGAACAGCAGCAAUUUUUCAACCCAGUGCCCUCCUGGAACUUCCAGGAUACACCCCCCUACGACCUCAACGCCGGUGACAAUCAGUUUACUGUUCCUCCUGUACCCCAUACCUGGGAUCUCCCGGUCCACGUCAACCUGGGCCAACCAGUGCUGCAUCAGCAUCAGCAGCAGCAGCCACAGCAUCAGCCCUUGUAUCUCCAGUCUCCUGCUGCCUCCAGCAUCGAUCCGGCCUUUGAUCACACUACCGCCGCCGCCGAUCCGGCCAACAUCUCGCUAUCACAGGCUCAGGCCCACUCCUUCUCGAACGACCAAUUUCGACCUGACAAUCGCAACAUCCAGAAUACACUGACCCCUGCUCAGCAGGAGCGGCUCAAGAGCAUCGCCAUGCCGCCUCACCUUCAGUAUCACUCCCCCAAUAGUGCCGGGAGCCCCGACUCGAGCGUCAGCGCCGAUAAGGGUGCUGGCUCGUCCCCAGAUGCCCAAGGCAACUCCAAGUCCAACAGUAGAAAGAGGAAGUCGUCGGCCGAGGUCGACGACGAUGACGAUGAUGAUGAACUCGACGGACAGCACCCCGUCAAGAAGACGGCACACAACAUGAUCGAAAAGCGGUACCGGACCAAUCUCAAUGACAAGAUAGCAGCUCUGCGAGAUAGUGUCCCAUCACUGAGGAUCAUGUCGAAAAGUGCUCGUGGUGAAGACACCACUGAAGAUAGGGAGGAGCUACACGGCUUGACUCCUGCCCAUAAGCUCAACAAGGCCACUGCUACCGAGUAUAUCAGACACUUGGAAAAGCGGAACAAUCGCCUCAUUGACGAGAACAGUAGUAUGCAGGCGAGGAUCGCUGCUUUCGAAAAGUUGUUCAUGGCUGGCGCCAUGACUGGUCAAUUACCCAAUCCUCUCCAACAACCGCCCACACCGGUACAGUAUCCUCAAGAUGCUAUGCCCUACAUGAAUACGCCAGUAGCAACCACAAGAGGACCAGACCCAGCGGGUAUGAUUCCGAUCCCCGACGACAUCAAACGCAUCUUGGCUUCACAGCAGAUGAAUGCAGGACGCCCUUAUCCAGUGCCAGGUCAACAGUUCCAGCAAAACCCUGCCAUGAUCCGCCAGCAACAGCUUCAGCAGCAGCAACAGCAAACUCAAUCCAGCAGAUGGAACCCAUAUCUUGGAAAGCUGAUGGUGGGAUCACUGGCUGGCUUGAUGUUGGUCGAAGCCUACGUCGAAAAGGAACAAAACCCCGAGACCACCGAGGGUCGUGGCUUGAUGGGCGUUCCAGUGCAUCUCUUGGCAUCCUUCAUCCGAUCAACUCACUUCAGCAUUGGGGGCUACUACGUCUCUGCAAGCCAGAUUCUAUCCCAGCUCAGAUUUUUCGGAUUGCUGGCGGCUUUCCUCUGGGCUACCUGCGCGUCCUUAUUCAAUAUUGAUAUCUUCAAGCCAUCCGAGAAGCCCAAGCAUGCUACCUCGGCUCCUCAAGCGGUGCCAUCUCUUGCAUCGCCUAUUCACGUCAGGAGGCAAGCCUGGCUCACCGCUAUCCAGACCGUCUGGGUACCCCAGCACAACUUUGUCCUGGAAGCCGCCGCGCUGGUCCUAAAGUCGUCCAAGUACGCCCUCAGGAAUGUGAUCGGACCUCGUGGUUAUCUCAUGCUUGUCGGCCUCAGCGAAGAGCAAGAAGCUGCGCGGGUCAAAGCAUGGUCAAUUGCGUUGGAUGCCCAGCUCGCCGGUGGUGACGUCGAGAUUAAUAAGAGCCGUCUCACGCUCACCUUGAUCGCUUCGGGCACUUUGCCGGAUACUCCGCUUCGUCUCAUGAUGAAGGCGCUGCACAUCCGGGUAUUGCUUUGGAGACUCGAUGGGGCUUCUUGGAUCACCAACUUGGUGGCUGCCAAACUUGCCAGGGCGCGUUGGAACGACGCACGCGAACUCAACCGCAUUCUCAACUCACUCGGCGAGAACAACAAGUCUGCUGACGAAAUGCUCCCUGAGCAUCUGGCAGUGCUUCUCGAACAGGACUGUGAUGAGGUGCUCAAUGACGAUAUUAUUCAGAGAGCCCACAACCUGGCCUGGAACCAGCCCACCACACACAACGUUGAUGAAAUCAUUGAUGGUAUGGACGCCGUGGUUGAGGAUGCUGCCGUUAGGUCGCCCAUGGAUGCCGUUGCGGCCUGGUACUCCAGCCUGCAGCUUCACCAUGUUCUGUGCAACAAUCUGCCCAAGACCCGUGAUGAGUCCGGAAGACUGGCUCUCGAGACUGAAGACAAGCUUAACCUGGCGACCAAGGUUGCCCCCAUUGGUUCCAACGCUCACGUUCGCGUCUUGGUCGCUCGUGCGGUCCUCGGUGAGCAGAAGCGUGGUGCUGCCAUCGUCACUGCUAUGAAUGCCCUCGGCCCGUCUCUGAACCCUGACAAGCACCCCAACUACAGCAGGGGUGUGCCGCCUCUUAUCGACUCUCCUGUCACCCCUAUCACUCCUGACCCCGACGCCCAGAUGGCUCUUCGCUGCGCCAUGGGUAUUGCUCAGCUGCAAAGGUUCUCCGAUCCUCCUCCAGCCGCUUUUACCGUCAUCGACUCCAUCCUUCCCGCUGGUGCCGACAUUGAGGGCAUGUCUCUAUUGGGUUACACCGCUGCUUACCACCUGAUGGAGCGCCUCCACAGACACGCCGUCGGCCGGGAAACUUGCUCGCGUUCUCUUGAGAGGCUUGCUGGCAGUUUGAGAAUAUGGAUUGGCAGCGAGGCGGGCAACGAGGUGGGCUUUGAUGGGCCGAUGAGACAAAAGAUGAUUGAUAGGUGCUUGGCUAUUACGAAGAGCGUGGUGGGUAUGGAGGCUGACCCUGGGUACGCAAGCAUGGAAGAAGAGUGCACUGAGGAUACGGCGGGUGGUGGAUGCUGA